UUAAAAACUUUAUAUAUAAAAACUAUACAAGUAUAAAUCCAUCAGACCAUGACCAAUCGAACAAUAUACAUUACCACACGUAACUCUGCUGUAGAAAAUGACGAUUCUUUCUCUCCUGUCUCUUGGCUCCUUCAAGAAUCGCAGCUUCUGUUUUCGUCAACCAAAAAAUGCUUAUCCAUUUCUUAAAAAUCAUCACUUAAUUAUGGGUUGCCUAAUUCUAAUCACAAAUCCAAAUUCAAGAGUGUUUACUUUAGGGUUUCUCUGGUUAUAUACAGAGCCGUAGCUUUCUGGCAAUUUUGAUUCCCACCAAAAAGUUUUAUCACUUUUGAUCAUAUUCGUCUCAUCUUUUCUCCUAUUAAUCUUUGACCCAAUUGCUUCUUUAUCACUCUCACAAAAAAAAACCAUGAGAAUCCACCCAUUACCUAGAAACAGCAACAACAACAUUCUGAUCCAUCACGCUCGUGAUCCGACCCGAGAACCGGGAAAGAAGCUCCGACGUCUCCCACAUAUCUUCAGCCGUGUUCUAGAGCUGCCCUUGAAGUCAGACGCUGACGUGGCAGUUGAAGAGAGUCAUGAUUGCUUCAGGUUCGUCGCGGAAACAGAUGGUGGUGGAGGAGGAGGUGUGAGGGCUUACAUGGUUGAGAUUCAUCCUGGUGUGGUCAAGAUUCUGGUGAGAACCAAUGGUUCUUCGUCUCUUGGUUUGUCGCUUGAUGAGCUUGAGCUUGACGUGUGGCGUUUCAGGCUACCGGAAGCAACUAGGCCUGAUCUCGUGACCGUGGAUUGCGACGGCGAUGGAGAAUUGAUUGUCACUGUGCCUAAGAUUGAAGACAACGGUAGAGAUUUGAUAGUGCUUGUACAGUAAUCUAAUGUGAUAGUGAUCAAAUGAGAAAAAUCUUGACUUUUUAUCUAAUGGCAUCAAAGUUAAGAUCU